UGGGCAUCACCGUGGGGGCGGUGAGAAGGGCUUGGGCAGGGGCCUCCCCUUCUGCUUUCCCCUUUGCGGCCGGAGGAAGAGAAGUAUGAGCUGAUGACCAUGAGCCGGGCCGCCCUGCGCCUCCUGGCCUUCGGGCUCACCCUCACCACCGUCCACCUGUUCGACACCCGACUCUUUAUGAUCUACAACGAAGACCACAAGCGCUGCGUGGAAGCCCAGAAUGCCAACUCGGUCGCCACGGCAGCCUGCAAUCAGGCCCACGAGGCUCAAAAAUUCAGAUGGGUGUCUGAGCACCAGCUCAUGAGCGUGGCCCUCAAACUGUGCCUGGGGGUCCCGUCCAAGACGGAUUGGGUCCCCGUGACUCUGUACCCCUGUGACCGCAAGAGCCAGCUGCAGAAGUGGGAAUGUCGGAACGACACGCUCUUCGCCAUUCAGGGGGCGGAUUUGUACUUCAACUACGGGAACAAGCAGGAGAAGAAUAUCAUGCUCUUCAAGGGGUCGGGCAUGUGGAGCAGGUGGAAAAUAUAUGGAACCACGGACGAUCUGUGUGCCCGGGGCUCUGAAGAUAUGUUCACCCUGCUCGGCAAUGCUAACGGAGACCCCUGCACCUUCCCGUUCAAGUUCGAGAACAAGUGGUACGCCGACUGCACGGCGGCCGGCCGGUCCGACGGCUGGCUCUGGUGUGGAACCACCACAGAUUUCGACGCAGACAAACGCUUCGGAUUCUGCCCGUUGAAAUACGAGGGCAUUGACAGUUUGUGGACCACAGAUCCUCUUACGGACAACCGCUACCAGAUCAAUUCCAAAUCGGCGCUGACUUGGCAUCAGGCCAGGCAGAGCUGCAGACAACAGAAUGCCGAUCUGUUGAGUGUCACAGAGAUUCACGAGCAGACGUACCUAACAGGAUUGACCUCCUCGCUGACGUCAGGCCUCUGGAUUGGACUCAACAGCCUGAGCUUCAAAAGCGGGUGGCAGUGGAGUGGAGGAAGCCCCUUCAGGUUUCUGAACUGGAAUCCAGGAAGCCCAUCCGUAGAGCCCGGGAAAAGCUGUGUCUCAUUAAACCCCGGGAAAAAUGCCAAGUGGGAAACGCUGGAGUGCGCCCAAAGGCUCGGCUAUAUUUGCAAGAAGGGGAACAACUCCCUGAACUCCUUUAUAAUCCCCUCAGAAACUGGAGUGCCCAUUAACUGCCCCAGCCAAUGGUGGCCAUACGCGGGCCACUGUUACCAAAUCCACCGAGAACCCAAAAUCCAGAGAGAAGCCCUGAUCUCCUGCAGGAAAGAAGGGGGUGAUUUGGCCAGCAUCCACAAUAUUGAAGAAUUCGGUUUCAUCAUCUCUCAGCUGGGAUACGAGCCCAAAGAUGAACUGUGGAUUGGGCUGAAUGACCUCAAGUUUCAGAUGUAUUUCGAGUGGAGCGAUGGCACUCCGGUCACAUUCACUAAGUGGCUGAGGGGGGAACCAAGCCACGAGAACAACAGGCAGGAAGAUUGCGUGGUGAUGAAGGGGCAGGAUGGCGCCUGGGCGGAUCGCGCCUGUGAGAAGAGCCUCGGUUACGUCUGCAAAAGGAAGCCACUGCCCCAGGUUCCUGGCACUGUGGAUCUGGUGGACAAGGGCUGUCGGAAGGGUUGGAAACGUUACGGCUUCCACUGUUACCUGAUCGGCCACGCUGUCUCGACGUUUGCAGAAGCCAACCAAAGCUGCGUGCACUCCAAGGCCUAUCUGACCACAGUAGAGGACAGGUAUGAGCAAGCCUUUCUGACCAGUUUGGUUGGACUGAGACCGGAGAAAUAUUUUUGGAUCGGCCUUUCAGACGUGACAGUCCGAGGGACUUUCCAGUGGACUAUUGAGGAAGCAGUGCAAUUCACCCACUGGAACGCAGAAAUGCCUGGAAGGAAGGCGGGAUGCGUCGCCAUGAAGACGGGGACGGCGGGCGGACUUUGGGACAUUCUGAAUUGUGAGGAAAAGGCCAAAUUUAUCUGCAAGCAUUGGGCCGAGGGAGUCACUCGCCCUCCACCCCCGACCACCACACCGGUGCCCAAGUGUCCUGAAAACUGGAAUACCAACGACAACACCCACCUGUGUUACAAAAUUUUUGACAAGAAAAAUUAUGAGAAGAAGACUUGGAUGGAAGCUCGGGAUUUCUGCAAGGAAAUCGGGGGCAACCUGGCCACCAUCAACAGUAAAGAGGAGCAGACCACAAUCUGGAGCGCCAUCUUAGCCAGCGGCGUCUACCACGAGCUGUUCUGGUUGGGGCUGACCUACGCCAACCCCGACGAAGGCUUCACCUGGAGCGAUGGCUCUCCCGUACGGUAUGAAAAUUGGGCCUAUGGAGAACCCAAUUAUUAUCUACAAAGCGAAUUCUGCGGAGAGUUGAAGGGGGACCCCAGCAUGAGCUGGAAUGACAUUAACUGUGAACACCUUCACAACUGGAUUUGCCAGAUAAAGAAAGGAGCUGAACCGAAACCGGAGCCGACGCCGCCUCCCACAGAGAAGCCGACAGUCACGGAAGACGGCUGGGUCCUCUACAAAGAACACCAGUAUUACUUCAGCACAGUGAAGGACACCAUGGACAACGCACGGGAGUUUUGCCAGAAGAACUUUGGAGAUCUGGUCUCCAUUGAAAACGACAGUGAAAGAAGGUUUCUGUGGAAAUAUGUGUCCAAGAAUGGUGCGUUUAAGGAGUAUUUCAUUGGUUUGAUCUUGAGCCUGGAUAAAAAGUUUAAGUGGAUGGAUGGAACCAAAGUGGAUUAUGUGGCCUGGGACACCGGCGAGCCCAAUUUCGCGAACGAUGACGAGAACUGUGUGGUCCUUUAUUCUUCGUUAGGGAAUUGGAAUGACAUCAACUGCGGAUACCCGAAUGCCUUCAUUUGCCAGCGGCACAAUAGCAGCAUCAACGCCACCGUGGCCCCUACGGAGGCCCCGUCCCCCGGCGGUUGUCCCGGUGGCUGGGAUGCCCUCCGCAACAAGUGUUAUAAGGUCUUCGGCCUGGUUGAAGAAGAAAGGCAGGAUUGGCAGGAGGCCCGGAAAGCCUGCAUCAAGUCCGGCGGCAACCUCGUCUCCAUUCAGAACGAGCGAGAGCAAGCAUUCCUCACCUAUCACCUGAAGGAUUCCAAGGGAGAUUUCUGGAUCGGGCUGAACGAUAUCAACUCGGAACACGUAUUCCUCUGGACCGAAGGGCGGGGAGUCAAGUACACCAACUGGAAAAAAGGGUUUCCGGCUGGAAGGAGAAGCAUCCUCUCCUAUAGCGAUGUUGACUGCGUGGCUAUGAUCGGGGGUCUUUCCUCAGCUGCCGGACAGUGGAUCGAUGAAAUCUGUUCCCAAUCCAAGGGCUACAUUUGCCAGAUGGACACCAAGCCUUCCCUUCCUCAGUCCCCAACCACGAUUCCCGCGGACGGCUUCGUCCGGUUCGGAAACAGCAGCUAUUCAGUCAUCCGCUCCAACCUGACCUGGAGCGAUGCCCAGAAGAGGUGUCGAGAAGCUUCCUCCCAGCUGGCCAGCAUUCCCGAUCCCUACACCAAUUCCUUCCUGUGGCUGGAGAUGUUGAAGUUCGGGGAGCCCAUCUGGUUGGGCCUGAACAGUAACCUGACCGAUGGCCAGUUCCUGUGGCUGGAUCAUUGGAGAAUCAGAUUUACCAACUGGGGUUCCGAGGAGCCCACCCGGAAAUAUGCCUGCGUUUACCUGGACCGAGAUGGAUUUUGGAAGACCGCUCCCUGCACUGACCAGCACUUCUUUGUCUGCAAAAGGUCGGAAGAAAUCCCUCCCACGGACCCUCCCCAGCUUCCAGGGAAAUGUCCGGAAUCAGAGCACAUCGCGUGGAUUCCCUUCCACGGCCACUGCUACUACGUGGAAUCGUCAACCACGAGGAACUGGGGCCAAGCUUCUCUGGAGUGCCUGAGACUGGGGGCCACCUUAGUCUCCGUCGACAGUGCUGCUGAAUCCCACUUCCUCACUUACAUCGUGGAGCCCUUUCAGAGCAAAACCAACUUCUGGACAGGACUGUUUAGAAACGUGGACGGGAUAUGGCUCUGGAGUAACAACAACCCGGUAACCUUCGUUAACUGGAACUCCAAAGAGCCCUCCAACGACAACGACCAGGAAGACUGCGUGGAGUUGUAUUCUUCGUCUGGGUUCUGGAAUGAUCUGGCCUGCGCCGCCUAUAAGGGAUUCAUCUGUAAAAAACCUAAAGUUAUCGAAAUCGAGCCAACGCAAGAAGCCUCAACCACCACAGCUGGGGCCGAGAAGGUUAAAGCCUCCUCGUCUUCAAAAAGCACCAAAGGGACCGUGAUCGUUGUGAUCCUCCUCAUUUUGUCGGGAAUCGGCGUCGCCGGUUACUUCUUCUACAGGAGGAGACGGCUUCCGCUGACCCCGGAGGAGAACUUCGAGAACACCCUCUAUUUCAACGGCGAAACGGUUCCGGGAACGAGUGACACCAAGGGCCUCGUGGGGAACAUCGAGCAGAACGAACACGCCGUCCUAUAGGGAAGGUCGGAAGCUGAGGCGGGUUUCCAGCCGAUACAGUGACACUGCGCUGGCCCUGGGUGGUCUGAGCCAAACUGAUAGUUUUCCUCACCGAACAGUCUGAGCGGCCUGCCCUUUCGGAAACAUCAGCAGGAGCCAUUGCUUCUCUUCAAGUCUGGCGAGACAUCGUGGGAGAGUCAGUCCGUAUUAAACUGGACCGCGAUUUCCGUCAUCUUCUGUUUCACAACUUCAAACUGGCUGCACUUCACAAGGGGGAUGGAGAGCGUGAGGAGUUCCCACGUGAACUCUAGGAAGCACUUAGCAAUUCUGCAGUUUUUUUAAUGAUAUUUGGCAAGCACUUACUCUGUGCCAGGCACUGUGCUCCAGGACUCUUAAGGAGACUGUAUUUUAUCUCAAUGUGACGUAGGAACCUCCUCAUGCUAUGUAAUUCCACGUCGGCAACGUCGAGUCGAAAACCUUCACCUUCUUCUUUAGCUCGUUCUCCUUUCCCACCCUCCUAGUUUAUCAUUGUAUUUUCUUUAUGCAGAAACAGUGAGGCAGCUGAUAAACUAACAUUCCAAAAUUUGGUCUGAUAACGUCAAAUUUUGCAUAUAUUGUUUAAACCUUAUUUCCUUUAUCAUUGUUAAAAUGUUUUCUUCCACCAGGUAUGAAUGGUUGAAAUAAAAAUACGGUUGACUUUCUA